UAGAAUUUUGCUAACCAAAAAUUUAAGCUAAUUGGCAAGUCUCGUGCAAAAUCAAAUCACGCAAACUGAGCCAAGUGAGAACAUAAAUAUAAAGCUAAGGAAUACUCAGCCAUAGAAAACUUCACUGCUCAAUGUUCUCAGUUGACUUUUAAUUCAUUUUGCUAAUAAUUGCUGCGAUAAAUUACAACUAUUGACAAUAUUUUGAUUCCCAGAAAAUAAAGAGAAUUUUUAUAUAUCAUAAUUUUGAAAAAUAAUGUCUAAAGCUGCUGCCAGACUGAAAAGUUUAAAGAAAGGUGUGGUCGAAACCGUUACUCAUGGUCGAUUGAAAACAAAUAUACCAGCUGGUUUAGCUGCAGCAGGCCCACCCUUAGGACCUAUGUUGGGUCAGAGGGGCUUGAAUAUUGCAAUUUUUUGUAAAGAUUUUAAUGAAAAAACCAAAGACUUUAAAGAAGGAAUACCUUUACCUACAAGAAUCCAUAUUAAUCCAGAUAGAACAUAUGACUUAGUUAUACAUAAACCUCCCAUUGUAUAUUUUCUUAAACAAGCUGCAGGUAUACAACGUGCUGCUAUGUAUCCAGGACAAGAAGUUGCCGGAAAAGUCACUCUAAAGCAUGUUUAUGAAAUUGCAAAAAUUAAAAGUGAGGAUCCCACACUUGAAACAAAAUGUUUAGAAGAAUUGUGCAAUAUGAUAGUUGGGAUUGCUAAGAGUUGUGGAAUUGAAGUAGUAAAACAUUUAGACCCUAAAAAAUAUGGUGAAUUUCUACAUGAGAGAGUAGGAAUAGUUGAACAACAAAAGAAAGAAUUGCAAGAGAAAAAGGAAGCCAAAAUGUUGAGGACUGGUUAAUAAUUGUAUCUGUAUCUGUAGUAUAUUGUGACAAUGAUUUUCA